AUGGGAGCAUCAUGUGCCGGCGAGGCACGAGAGGAGCAGGAAAUUGGCGACCUUAUGAGCUUUAGUCCAGCACUUUGGAGAGCCAAAGUGGUGCCAAACUCGGGAGAUCUUGAACCGCCGUCGACACCUGGCUCCAGUUUGGUAGCCAGCCUCUGCCCUCUGCCGGAUUGCAAGAAAAGCCCACCUCGAUCUGGCAGGUUCCCCUCUUUGCUUGACAACACUCUCCUCUUCCUGCCGCACUCCAGCGUCCAAGAGCUGGGCCUGGAGGCGAACAUGGACGACAAAGGGGACCCCAGCAAGCAGAUGUGGUUUGGGAGAGUUUGGCACGUGCGGCAGCUGCUUCACAGGCGCUAUCAGGAGUUGCGGAGAAACCAGCAGGUUCCGCCAUCUCGAAAAGAAGUUUUACACGCCGGCUUCCACAACAACGAGCAGUCUCUCAAAAUGCUCGUGAAGGUGCAAAUGCGCUGGAAACUGGCAUUGAUCCGGAAGAGGAACAAUUUCUCUUUCCUCUCGCGACUCAAGUUUGCCAACCUGCGAGGCACACUCAUCUAUGCCCAUGGAUCUGGAGGAUGCAGCUGGGACAAUAUGCGUAUUUGCCGCAUGAUCUGCCGCAUGGGUUUCUUGGUCAUAGCGCCAGAUGAUUUUGCAUACCCCCGGGGUACCGCCAUGGGUGCGCUCAGGCACAAGGACCUGCAGCCCCUACACUUGGCUUCAGAUGAUGUGGACUACUGGGCUCCGGACCUCAUCUACGCCUCGCAGGCGGAAGGUGAGAGCACCUACUCCACCAAGGCGGAGGACGUGCUAAGCCAUCCGGACCAGUGGAUGGACAUGUACGAAAAGUGCUAUCAGAUGCGGCGAAGUGAGCUUCACUUCAUCAUCUCGAAGCUCCCGCGGUUCAUCUUGGCGCAGGGCUUCUUCCUAGGGGGCACCUCCGAAGGGGCCAUGACCAUUGCGAGAUUUGAUGAUCAGCGCUACGGCAAAUCCGUUCUGGGGCGGUUCAUCAACUCUUUCAGUGUGGAAUACUGCUAUUUCACUCCGCGGCCAGAGGAUGGUCAGAUUGGCGGUCAAAAAGAUGUCCCAACGCUGAACAUCAUCGGGAGCAAGGAUGAAUAUUUCGGAGCCGUGCAGAGUGUUGCAAAGAUCGUGGUUGAGGAUGGUAUGGGCUAUGGCGACAAGAACCUGACAGGGAACGCAUACAAAACGUUCGUGAGGCAAGGUCUGCACCACGCACUGGUAUGCGUUUUGGAAGAUGGAACCCACGGGCCAUGCAUCACGCAUGACAACCAACUACGCGAGAUUUUCAACACCUUCUUCACUCGCCCGCACGACAUCUGGCAGCUCGAGAGGGUUUGGGCCUGUGAUCCGCCAUUGGCUUCCAUGAUUCGCGUUUUGGCCCGCUCUGAGAAGACUUUGCGUGGUGAAGCCAACAACGACGCAGAUCACGUGUCGAAGAUCACCAAAGUCUUUGUUCCACUCAGCAAGAUGCCGAGCAAGAUGUCCUUGCGCGAAGUGCAGGCGUUGCGGGAGAUUUCACCCUCAAGCCAGGCAUUCCAGGCCAAGGUGCAGACCGUCAUGGCAGAGCAGAAAUUGCUGAUGGAGCAGGAAUCCGAGGAGGCAGAGAACAUGCUUCGGAAGCUGCGGAAGAAGGGAUUCGGUGCCAGCUCGCGCUCGCAAACCGAGAACUUCUAUUCACAGGAGGACAACGAAAAGACUGCCAAGAAGGAGAUCCUGUACAACAAGAUCUGA